AUGUCGGGAGACGUGCAACCAAGGAAACGGAAAGACAAGAAAAAAAGAAAGGAUGAACUCGGCGUAGAGGAACCCAGAGGGACAGCUGCAGCAUUGGGUGAAGGAGAUGUUUUCAUUCAUUCUUAUCAUGAACAUGGUACAGGGGGACAUUGGUGUGCUAAAAUUAUCUUCUUUUCUCUGCUUGCUGUAUUGGUCACUCUCAUUGGACUUAUCAUUCUGGAAAAUCGAGGUUUAACUGAACUGGAAGCCAAUGCUGUUGAAUCUCGAUACUCUGGUGUUUUAGAAGGCUGGAUUGAAGAUACACCAGAUGAUCAUCAUGAUGAACACACAUUGGAAUUAACAAACCCUGAUCAUGAUGAUGGCGAAGUACACGACGACGAUAUUGGUGACCAUGAAGAAGAUGAUGAACAUGAGAAUGGUCAUGACGAAGACAGUGAAGCUGAAGAUGAGGACGAUGAUCAAGAUGAUGAGGAAGGCGAAAUUGACGACCAUACUGAAACCAUCCAAGAAAGUGAUGAAGAUAAUAAAGUUGAUGCUGAUAAUAAUCAAAGUGAUGAGGAGGCUGAUGAAGAUAACACUGAAUAUAACUUGUAUCAAAAAUUUGGAGAUCAGCAUGUUGAAGGCGAUUUAAAUGAAGAUGAUGAUGAUAUUGAAGGAGUAGAAAACAGAAAUUAUUAUUACAAACAAAACAAAGAUCAAGUAGACUCAGAAGAACAGUUAAACCAAAAUAGGGAUAGUAACGAUAAGAUUGAAGAAAGUGAUGAAAUAAAUGCUGCAGAUGAUGAUGAGUGGCUAAAUGAGGAGGAUGGACCUGAAGAUGAUGUUGAUGAGGAUGAUGGAGAAGUGGAAAAAAUUGAAAAAGAAAUAUCAGACGAAGAUAUUCUCUCAGCAGAAGCAUCUACUCGUGAGGAAAUAGAGGAUAUUGCAGAAGAUGAUGGUGAUUCAGAAGAAAAGGAAAAAAAUAAUAUUGAGGAAAAUAGCAUAGAAGAUGAUGAUGAUGAACCGCCAGUGGAACAAAUUACUGUACCAUCAACUGGAAAUCCUUACACUGAGGUAGAAGAAGAAACCAUCCAGAAAACUCAAGAUACAUUAGCUGAAGAGGAAGAGUAUGAACAGCAACAAGAAGAACUUAAAAAAGAGCGCGAAGCACAAUCCUCAGAAAGCAUGUGGCUGAAGCUGGUGGUGGGCGGCGCACUAUUGGUCGCAACACAUGCGGUCGUGCGACGCGCCUCGGCCCCUCGUGAUGAACCGGAUACCGAAGAACAAGUAAAUGUCGAAGGACCGUCCGUAAUUGAUAGACGUAUGACACUUAUACCUGAAGCGCAGGCCACCCCACAAAUACCUAAUACCAAAGUGGUUUCGAACGAGGAUAUCAUACAAAAAAUUACUCCAGUUAUAGAAACUACGACUACACCGCAACCGGUGACGAAAGAUACUACCAAGAGUGAAAACACCGCUAAAAAAGUGAUAGAAGUAUAUGUCAAAGAUGACGAUAAUGAAAGUGAACUUUUUAGUGAAGAAGAGGAAGAAGACAUAGAUGAAGAAGAGGUAGUGAAAGAGGUUCCUAAAAAACCCGAAGUCAAAGAAACAAAAAUCAUGCCAGUGAUUCUUCCUUCUACUGAAGAUCCUCACGAAGACGACGAAGAUGUAGAAAUUAUCGACGAAGAAGAAAUUGAAGAAGAAUUAGAGGACGAGGAAGAUGAAGUAGAGGAAGAGAUAUCGGACGUCGACGAUACUGAACUGUUGAGUCGAUUAGAAGCUAAAUACGGUCGUCUGCCGGAACCGGAACGUCCCGGCAUAUACAAAGGCGGUGGUAAUGCCUUUGAAGAAAAUUGGCCGGGAGAACCGAGCGAUCCUUACUGGAGCCAACAACUUGAUCUUGCCGAAGAGGACCUUCGACAGGGGGCGUGGUCUUCGUGUGAGCGGCGCGCUUCGGCUGCAGAGCUGGGAAGCUGCGCGCGCGCACAGUGGCUUGUGGCCAGGUGCUUGGACUUCAUGGCGGAAGCGAAAAGAGACAACAAAAUACUGUCACGGGCAAUCGCCGUCUACCUACAGUUACUUAAACAGAACGAGCGACUACCGGAUCAAAAGCUAGUUGACGUCGCGCACAGAGCUAUAGACAGAAUACAAUUUAGAGGAACUUAUCUCAAUGCUGAACCUAUCUACAGACUACUGAUUCGAAGAUUUCCCGAUAAUGUACACUACAGAAAUAAUUUAACAGUGUCUUUCUUAAUGGCUAACAGGGCCGACUUAGCGGCAUCGGUUCUCAAAGAAACUCUUCUCCGCUGGCCUGAUGACCGAAUUGCGUUAGGCCAUUAUGGAUACGUUCUUAAGAAUCAGUACAACCUAUUGACAGAGGCCGUGACAUAUUUAGAGAAAGCAUUAGAAGACGACGUCGGCGCAGCGAACGAGCCCCGCUUUUACUACCAUUUGGGCGACGCACUGCUUCAGCUGGGAAAAUUUGGAGAGGCCCAUGAAGUGCACAAACGUGGUGCGGCCCAGGGUCACUUUCUAUCACCAGAGCAGCGCUCGCUGUAUAACGUACCGCGGCUUAAAAGUCGGCCUUGGUGGCCGAUUGAAACGACGCCGUACAUCAAACUAGCACGCGCCCUCGAGACCUCGUGGCGGGAGAUAUUGAAAGAGGGUCUAGCCGCCAAGGAAUUCUAUGAAAAAGAGAAGGAAGGUUUGAAGGAACGCGGGGAGUGGUCGCAGUUAGAUAUAAUCGUGCGCGGUAAGGAGGUCCCCGGAAGAUGUAAGAGGGCGCCGGUGACCUGUUCUAUAGUUAAGAGCGAGGCGGCUGCGGCGGGAUGUAGAAGGGGGCAAGUCAAGUUCAGUGCGAUAGAACCGGGUACGCAUGUGCGUCCGCACGUCGGCCCCACCAACUGCCGGCUGCGCAUGCACCUCGGGCUUAGCAAUACCAAAGAUACAUUUAUUAGAGUGGGCCAGGAAACGAGGCAAUGGGAGAUAGGCAAAGUGUUUAUAUUCGACGAUAGUUUCGAACAUGAGGUGUGGCACAACGGUACCGGCUCACGACUCGUACUUAUCGUUGACGUCUGGCACCCUGAUCUCACACCAACGGAGCGACGAACUUUACCCGCUAUUUAA